CCGCGGCGGCCCGGCCCCCGCUCCCGACGUGCCGCGCGCUGGGUCGCGGCGGGGAGGACCUGCGGCCGCGAUGCUGGUGGCGGCGGCCGCGGAGCGAAACAAGGAGCCCAUCCUGCACGUGCUGCGGCAGUACCUGGACCCGGCCCAGCGCGGCGUCCGCGUGCUCGAGGUGGCUUCGGGCUCCGGCCAGCACGCGGCGCACUUCGCUCGGGCCUUCCCCCUGGCGGAGUGGCAGCCGUCGGACGUGGACCAGCGCUGCCUGGACAGCAUCGCGGCCACCACGCAAGCCCAGGGUCUGACCAACGUGAAGGCCCCGCUGCACCUGGACGUGACGUGGAGCUGGGAGCACUGGGGCGGGAUCCUGCCGAAGUCGCUGGACCUGCUGCUCUGCAUCAACAUGGCCCACAUUAGCCCCCUGCGCUGCACGGAGGGGCUCUUCAGAGCAGCAGGACACCUGCUCAAACCCAAGGGCCUGCUCAUCACCUAUGGGCCCUAUGCCAUCAAUGGGAAGAUCUCUCCCCAGAGCAACGUGGACUUUGACCUGAUGCUGAGAUGCAGGAACCCGGAGUGGGGGCUUCGGGACACAGCCCUCCUGGAGGACCUGGGACAGGCCAGUGGCCUGUUCCUGGAGAGGAUGGUGGACAUGCCAGCCAACAACAAGUGCCUGAUCUUCCGGAAAAACGAAGCCCCCCCCUUCACCCCGCAUACCUGUAUCCCCGCUGCCAAAGGCUCUGUGGGGCACAAACCCUAACUCCCUAAGCCGGGUCUUGUGGGCAACAGCCCCACCCAGUCUGUGCUCUCAGCUGGUAGCUGAAGGAUCCAGCCUGCUCAGAAUAAAGCACAUCCUGCUGCUGG